CAACGGUCGAAAAUAAUGAAGCAUUUGAUAGCAAUCGGACAUCUAAAUUCAAAUUCCAGAAACAAUAUUCUUUGCAGUCAUGUCUCUAAGUUUCAAAAUUUUCGUCUUUCAAUGCUCUCUAGUGCAUCUAAGCUUCACAAUUCUAAGAAAACUGAAGAAUCCCACAUGAAAAACCAGAGAAAAACCCAGAACUUUGAUUCGCUUUUCAAUGAAAUCGUCGAGAUUUUAGGAACUGAAAACCUUAUUGUGGAUAAAGAUUCUUCUGGAUUUUCAAUAUCUGAGAAAACCCAUUUGAGAAGCGGUGAGAAGAGUAGAGAACCUCCAUAUUGCGCGCAAAGUGUUUGUGAAAAUGCUCAGGCCAUGGAUGCUAUGGAGCUGGAAAAGGAAAAUUCAUCAUGUUUGGGAGAUAUCCGAUCGGAGAACUUGGGUGAAACUGAUGUUAGUCCGCUAGUUCAGAAGAUCGCAGAGAUUGUUCGGGGUGAAAACCGUGGGGCUUCAAUUGAAGAGUUGUUGGGAAGCGCGAGUUUUGAGUAUAAUGUGGAUGUUGUUGACAAAGUGUUGAAGAGGUGCUUUAAGGUGCCUCAUUUAGCUUUACGGUUCUUCAAUUGGGUGAAGCUUAGUGAUGGGUUUUGCCAUACAACUGAUACUUACAAUACUAUGAUAUAUAUUGCUUCGGAAGCAAAAGAAUUCAGGCUGGUUGAGGGAUUGGUGGAAGAGAUGGAGAAGAGUUCAUGUGAGAGGAAUGUUAAGACGUGGACCAUUCUCAUCUCUCAUUUCGGGAAGGCGAAGUUGAUUGGAAAAGCCUUGUUGGUCUUCGAGAAGAUGAAGAAAUCUGGUCUUGAGCCUGACGAGGCAGCUUAUAAACUAAUGUUGCGGGCACUUUGUGAUGCUGGAAAAGCUGAAAUUGCAACGGAAUUCUACAAGGAGAUGGUUCAUAAGGACAUGGAGAUAGAAAUGAGGUUGUAUAAAUUGUUAUUGAAGUGCCUGGCACGGUUCGGAGAUAUUGAAGCGGUUCACUUGAUUGUGGAUGAUAUGAUAAAGGUUUCUCAGAUUCCCGAACAUGUUGUUUAUGCUUGCAUGCUGAAGAGUUUUUGCAUUUUGGGGAGAAUUGGAGAAGCCUUAGAAUUGAUUCGGAACUUGAAACAUAAAAGUAUUACCCUUGACCCUGAAAGUUUUGAGACCUUGGUGAAAGGACUGUGUAGGGCUGACAGGAUUGCUGAUGCUCUGGAGAUUGUUGAUAUUAUGAACAGAAGAAACGUUGUUGAUGGAAAGAUAUAUGGAAUUAUUAUUGACGGGUAUUUGAGGAGAAAUGAUGUUUCUAAGGCAUUUGAAACGUUCCAAAGCAUAAAAGAAUCUGGACGCUCACCUACAGUUUCGACCUAUACUGAGCUGAUUCAACACCUCUUCAGGUUGAAUGAAUUUCAGAAAGCCUCCGACCUUUAUAAUGAGAUGCUGGAAAAAGGAGUUGAGGUAGAUAAUGUGGCAGUAACUGCUAUGGUUGCUGGUCAUAUCCGCCAAAACUGCAUAUCUCAAGCAUGGGAAGAGUUUAAGAGUAUGCAAAAGAAAGGAAUUAAGAUGACUCGCAAAUCCUAUGUCAUUUUCAUCAAGGAGCUUUGUAAAAUUUCCAGGACAGAUGAGAUUUUGAAGGUUUUGAAUGAAAUGCAGGCUUCAAAAAUACUAGUUGGAGAUGAUUUGUUCAAUUGGAUUAAAUCCUACUUGGAGAGAAAAGGAGAAACAAAGGAGUUGGAGAAAGUAAAGCAGAUGCAGAGAUCUUAUAAACAUUAUCCUCAAGAAAGUGAGGAAUCUGGUACAGCUCUAUCCAGUGUACCAGAGCCCAAUUUGGAGUUAAAGUCCAACCAAGUAAAGCAAGGGAGUCUGCAUUCUUACUUGCUGGGGUCAACUUCAAGUUCUUACAGUGAACUUGAUCUGCAAGAAAUUUGUCAAAUUUUGUCAUCCUCAAAGGAUUGGUGCUUAAUGCAGGAAAAAUUGGAGAAAUGCUCUAUAUCAUUCACAUCAGAACUUGUUGUGGAGAUUUUGCGCAAGUGCAGCCUGCAUGGUGGUGCAGCCUUGCACUUUUUUUCGUGGGUAGGAAAGCAAGCUGGAUAUGGUCACACUAAAGACACCUACAACAUGGCCAUCAAAAUUGCAGGACGUGGAAAGGAUUUUAAGCACAUGAGAAGCCUCUUUUUUGAAAUGAAAAGAAAUGGAUUUUUAAUAGCAUCCGACACUUGGACAAUCCUGAUAAUGCAAUAUGGUCGUGUUGGUCUUACAGAAAUAGCUUUGCGAACAUUCAGAGAGAUGAAAGCUAGUGGCUGUACACCAACUGGUAGUAUGUACAAGUAUUUAAUCGUAUCUCUUUGUGGAAGAAAAGGAAGGAAGGUAGAUAAAGCAAUCCAAACGUUCCAGGAGAUGAUUCGCGCAGGUUGUAUUCCUGAUAAAGAACUGGUUGAAAUUUAUCUCCAUUGUCUGUGUGAAGAUGGUAAAUUGGUGGAUGCCCGAAGAUGUACCGAGUUUCUGCAUAAAGUUGGUUUCUCUAUUCCACUAGCUUAUUCUUUGUACAUUAGGGCUCUUUGUCGAGUAGGGAGUUUAGAAGAAGCUUUAGCAUUGGUAGAUGAGGUUGGUCCAGAGCAACCAAUCCUGGAUCAGUAUAUUUACGGAAGCCUUGUUCAUGGACUGCUACGAAUGGGACGAUUAGAAGAAGCAUUGGCCAAGGUGGAAUCUAUGAAGCAGGUUAAAAUUUAUCCGACUGUCCAUGUGUAUACAUCCUUAAUAGUCCAUUUCUUUAAGGAGAAACAGAUGGAUAAGGCUUUGGAAAUUUAUGAGAGAAUGAAAGAGGAGGGUUGUGAACCAACCAUUGUUACUUGUUCAGCACUGAUACGCGGGUAUAUGAGCAUGGGGAAGGUUUCUGACGCUUGGAAUGUUUUCCAUCAUUUGAAACAGGAAGGACCACUGCCUGAUUUUAAGACCUAUUCGAUGUUUAUUACUUGUCUCUGUAAGGUAGGUAAGUCUGAAGAAGCUCUGCAACUUAUUUCUGAAAUGUUGGACAGUGGGAUUUUUCCCAGUUCAGUUAAUUUUCGAACAGUUUUUUAUGGUCUAAAUAGAGAAGGCAAACAUAAUUCAGCUCAGAUUGUAUUACAAAAGAAGUUGCAUCUUGCAAGUAAAAGGAAGUUUCUAACGUAA